AUGUUAUCACCCAUGGCGCUGCAAUCAGUUGUUGCGAAAAAGCCACGAAAUGGCAAGAUGCAGUGGAGCUGUUCUAUGGUCUGCCGAAGAAGUCCCUUGAGGCCAACGUCAUCACAGGCAGUUCUGCAGUAUCUGCUUGCGAGAAGUCCUCUGGACGUUGGGACGAGGUAUAGCGCUUCCAUCAGCGCCUGCGCCAAGUCUGCAGGAUGGCUACAGGCUCAGCGGCUCCUGAGCUCGGCGCAGAGCAGAUCCGUGCAGCCAAACACAAUCACUUACGGCGCAGCCAUGACGGCCAACGGGAACGCCGCUGCAUGGAAACAGGGGGGCUUCUUGUUGAACAGCGUUCUGGCGAAGAAGCUGCAACCAGACCUGGUGAAGUUCAACAGCUCCAUAACCUGCUGUGAGAGAGCAGCCAUGUGGCAGCACGCCAUUCAACUCUUCUGGGAGGCUUCAGAACGGAAGCUGCGCCCAAACUUGAUCACAA